GUUGUGUCUGCUGAACGCGGCCAUUGUAGCGGAGGCUUUAAAGCCCCUAGUGACUUUAGGUUCUUUUGGUGGCGAGGGACGCUGGAUGCCGAGGGGAAGUCUUUUGUUUGGUCUUGUUUACCGUGUAAGCGCGACGCGAGAGAUCGAAGUAAGUGAAAAAUGCCGAAGUGGUGUGUGGUACCGAAUUGUAAAACGGUAUCGAAAUGUUCAAUAUUUCGAGUGCCGAAAGACAUUGUUACGUUGAAGAAGUGGGAACAAGUUAUUCCUGGUAUUAUAAAGUUAGACCAGACGGAUAGAGUAUGUGAAAAACAUUUCAAGAAGGAAGACAUUGUCCGCGAAUGGGUCAAGCUUGACGCAAAUGGUCAAGUAAUUACACGGGUUGCAUAUAAAAGGGCGCAACUCAAGCAAUUUGCUGUACCCACAAUAUUUGGUAACCUUCCGACAGGAAAGAAAAAUUGUGAUCCACAGCAUGAAUAUAUGAAGCGAGUUUCAGAUUCAGACUCUCAAAUAAAUUCACCAAGCAUUUUCCAGUCUUCUAGUCUCACAAAACUACCAGCUCAAGGAAUCAGUACUUCCGUCGAUGUCGCUCCUCAUAUUCCUUCAGUAGCAGAUUCAUUUGCUCUUCAGAAAUCUGCCAAAGUGUCCUCAUCUCUGGAAAUGACAGAACUAAUAUCGGAAGAAAAUGCGAGCACCAGUGAUGAUUUCUCUGCCGAUAUUCCGAAGGGAUGGAGUUGGGUCAAGAUGAAAUGUACUGAAAGUGUGCAACAUACGCUGUUUAUAUACACGAUCAUGAAGGUCGACAAUGGCAUAAAUUGUCCAGUAUCACAAAAAAGUGUUAUACUUGACGAGGAUAGAAUUUUGAAAUAUUUUGUUUAUGGUCGUUAUAUUGAUACGGAAGACAAGAAUCUCGAACGUGUUUUAAAAAAGAAAGAAAUGCUUAAGACCAUACUAAGAACAUUCCAAGGAAUGAACAUCUGCAAAGGCCUAGGUGACAUUAAUAUCCAUGAUAUACCAGCUUAUGCAUAUCAAGAUAACGUCAACAAAUGGAGAAGUAAAGAUUGUAGUCUGCUCUCGAAGAAGAAAACAUGCAAUUCCUGCAUGAAGUCGAGGAAAUGCCUACUGCAACGGAAGGUACGAUUGAAGAAUCGGCUGACGAUGAAUCGAAUUGGUAACAUUUCCAAUCCCGUUGAUCGAUGUAAAUUAUUAGCGAUGCGGAUGAAAAUUAGACGGGAAAGGAGUGCGAAACUUCGAGCUAAGAAUCAAGUUAAACAUCUCAUUACGUCUAUCAAAGCACAAGAAGUACAAAUGGCAAGCAUGCAAGAUACGGCUGUGGAUAAAAAAUUAGCUGAGUUAGACAACAUAUCAAAGUCACAAAAAGAAAACACCAAAACGUGGUUCACUCACCCCUUGAACGAUAAACGGAAAAUAUUCGUCUUUUCCGAUGUUUGCCACCUCAUGAAGAACGUUCGAAACCGGUUGUACAACAAUUAAGAAGAAAUUACGGAACUCUCGCCACGAAAAAGUGGUUUUGUAGAACCCCUCUUGUCCAGAGUUGUAGCUAAUGCUCCGUCUAUAGAAGUCUAUGGCGUUCUCUCAAUUUUCCGCCAUGUUUUUAAUCGCCCCAACAGUGUA